AUGGCAGACACUGUGGUCAAUCAUCCUGGGGGACAAAACUUGGAUCCUAAAUACCAAGAUCUGACCAGGGGAGAACAAAACAUGGAAGCAGCCAAUUCACACUGUCAGAAUUUACAUGGAGAUUGUAUGCCUAUCGAAAAAUCAAAAUCAACUGCAAAAAGCACGAGUGUGGAAAUGCUGGACAAAGGAUACUUGCAGUACGGGUGUGCACAUUAUCGUAGAAGAUGCUGCAUUAGAGCUCCUUGCUGCAAUGAGGUUUUUGACUGCCGUCAUUGUCACAAUGAAGCAAAGAAUAAUAUCAAAGUUGAUCAGAAGUGUAGACAUGAAAUUCCCCGACAUAGAGUCCAGCAGGUAGACUUUUGUUGCUUGUUCAGAUUUCCGAUCAUUUGGUUCACAGCUGCUCCAUUGUUGUAUGUUCACAAUGUAACACUGAACAAGAGGUUCGCCAAGUCUGUAUCAACUGUGGCGUGUGUAUGGGAAGAUAUUUCUGCGAGACUUGCAAGCUGUUUGAUGAUGAUACAUCAAAGAAUCAAUAUCACUGUGAUGGUUGCGGAAUAUGCAGGAUCUUCUAGUGAGAAUCAUAUCAAUAGCGUGAAGAAUGGCGAAGAUGACAGUAAAGCUUUAGGAUAUUUAAUGGGAAAUCUUAUUGUUAUUGUUACAGAGCUUUCAUUGUUACUUAAUGAAUCUUUUGUUGCAGAAUUGGUGGAAGGGAGAAUUUCUUCCAUUGUGAUAAAUGCAGUAAGUCACAAUUUCGAACCGCUCUAUAGAAAUCUAGACUUGAUGAUGUAUUAUCUUGAGCUAAUUGUACUGUGGGUAUUCCAUCCAGGAUGCUGCUACUCUAUUCUAUUAAAGAAUAGCCACCCAUGCGUGGAAGGAGCAAUGCACCAUGAUUGCCCCGUCUGCUUUGAGUAUCUGUUUGAGUCGAGAAAUGACGUGACUGUUAUGCCUUGUGGACAUACUAUUCAUAAGAGCUGCUUGAAAGAGAUGCAGGAGCAUUACCAGUAUGCUUGUCCUCUUUGCUCCAAGUCAGUAUGUGAUAUGUCCAAGGUAUGGGAGAGAUUUGAUAUGGAGAUAGCAGCUACGCUCAUGCCUGAACCUUACCAAAAUAUGAGGGUCUGGAUUCUGUGCAAUGACUGCGAAACGACAUCAGAAGUGCCGUUUCAUGUAGUAGCUCAGAAGUGCCCCCGCUGCAAGUCUUACAACACUCGUCGCACUAGAGGAAGAUAA